CAUCAAUACAGUAUUGCCACUCAAUAGGCAUACCCGUGCGAUUGUUCAUCCAAGAAGCACGGCCAUGCUUUCCUCCUGCUGCGGCUGCGCCAAGGUUCUGUUUUUAUUAUGAAUGAUGACCAUCUCCGCUUUGUGCUACACAAGAAGGAUCCUCGUCGCAAUAUGCAAGCUGGUUCUCCAAGAUCUCAGAAGAGAAGGAUCCAUUUUUCAUAUAUCUCCCUCUGAGCAAGUAUCAUUAUCUCCUUCCGCGUGCUGUCAGUGUAACAAGGUCAACGUGAGUAUUAUUACAGUCAAAGGGUUGCUCGGACAGAUGAAGAAAGAUGCAAAUGGAUAGGACAAAUGCUGGGGACUGCGCCAUAGGAUGAUUGAUACUCAUCGUCACCACGGAUGUUUCAUAGGGCACACAUUACGAUAUUUC